AAUUGAAGCAAAGUGACUUCAAGCCAUGUCUUUUGGGUUUGUCAAUACCAAUCAAAUCACUCUGGAGACCUUUUCUUCCGAUACAGCCCCCUCGGAAUUUGUGAACAAGCUAUCCAAGUUAUCGGAGGAUACAAAUGGUCACGACACUUAUAUUCACACCGAUAACAAUAGGGUUCAAUAUGUAGAUCCUGUCCCUUACAUCAAUUCUCUCCGUAGUGUACAAGAUAAGCUAUCUUUACUUAUGGACGAAUGUGAGAAAAAGAAGGACGUAUUUGAAAGAUCGACCAAAAAGAGAGAAAAUGACCAUUUCACAAACGUUAUUACUCAAUCAACGACAGCUGCAGACUUGAAGAGUAAAUUCAAUGACUUACUUUUAACGGUUGAAAAACUUAAUACAUCCAAGAUUGAUCCGCUAGGUGAAAAAUUGAAGAAAGCCAGUACCUUAAAGGACAAUGCUUCCAACAUUAGUUUCUUACUGAAGUGUUACAAUCGAUUUUACAUAAAUAGCGAACCUCCUAUUGAGUUAUCAACCGACAGACAGCGUGCUAACACAUUUGAAACAGCUAGAAUAUUGUCACAGUUGUUGAAGUUAUCAUCGAAGCUAGCCAGUGAUGCUAAACUAUCCAAUGCUGAAAAUGCCCAUACCCUAAUACUGGAAUUUGCAACAACUUUUGAAAGCGAUCAAUUAAAAUCCUUCAAUACAUAUUACCAAUCCAAAAAUUUUGCACGUUUACAGAAUAUAACAAAGACUUUGUUUAUUUAUAAUAAUGGGAUCAACAUCGUGGAUUUUUUUGUUGGAGGUCAUCCAAUUUUUGUUCAAAUGCAGGAUAACGUUAAGCAACCAGUUAGUGAUUCCUAUUGGAAAACUCUACGUAAUCCUACUAGCGUUGACUAUUCAUUAGACCAUGUAUCCGCAGAGCUACUUGAGGCAGUGCGAGAAACAAUCCUAUCCGAAAUUGAUUCAAUAACUACAAUUUUCCAAGAAAAUGCAAAACAAGCCCUGAUAUCUCUUAUUAUCAAGCUUGUGGACAAUAUAGUCAAACCAAGAAUGAAAUUACUGUUAACAACAGCAAUGUCACAAAGUACCCUCUGUUAUUUGAGAAUUUUGCAUUUGUUUUACAAUGGAAUAACACAGAUGGCUUUUGCUCAAUUAAGAUCCGUAUUACUAGAUAAAAGCAUUGAUUUUGGGUUUGAGUUUGAUAAGAUUUACAACUCUCUGUUUAAUGAACAUUUGAAGGAAAACUCAUACUUUACUUUAGAAAAGGAGAAUUUAGAGAGCUUAAUUGAUUCUUUAAUUGGGCCAUUUGAAGAUGCAAAUAGAGAUGCGAUCAAAGAAAAAAAACUCACAAUGAAAAUCGAAAAAGUUAAGGAAGAUGAAAUCCUAGAGGAACAAUCCCAAGAACUGGAAGGAGUUCACUCGCAUGAAGAUGAAAAUCCAUACGAAGCUUCCUCUCCUACUUUAGCCAACGCAAAAUCGAAGGCUCCAAAUUCUUCCGCUCACUCUAACAUUGAUUUAUAUUUACCUGACUCUCGUAUACUUAGAGAUAAGCUGAGAAGUGCUAGAAACUAUGUUCCUAAUUCUCAAAAGUUCAAAAAAAUGACUGGCAUCUCGUCAUUUAUCAAAAUCAACGAGAAGUACUCCUUAUUUGAUAGGUACAAAUCAUCUUAUGGUACAACAAGUACUAAUGCAACAGAGUUAUUUGGUAACUCAGUUACAGAAGAUUUGGUAGCGCCUCAAUCGAAAUCUGCGCUCUCUCUGAAAGUGACUCAAAGUAUAUAUAAGUUGGUGUUAGAGGCAUUGACCAGAUCAAUUGAAUUAAUGCCUUCCCAAAUUAGUCUACACAGUGUUGAGCUUUUCAAAUUGAUGCUUUAUAAAGUUGGCCCAUCUUAUAUUGCUGUUGGACUAGAAUCUCUAUAUGACACAUACGUUGAUUCUCAGCUAAAAAACAAGAGUGUCUUUGGACGUGGCGCUACUACAGACAUUGAUUUGAGCUUUUUAUCUCAGUUUUACACAAUAUUCGUACAACUAUACUUACUUUCAACAGUGGUAAAAAAAUCUUUCUAUCCAUUAGUAUCAAGCGAGCAUGACACCAAUUUCAUAAGUCAUUCUUUCAACUUAUUUUUACAAGAUGUUGAAAUAGGUGUUAAUGUUACUGUGAAUGAUCUUGUCGGAAUUGUACAAGAAAGGAUUAACCUUAUUUUAUCGAAACAACCGGUGAAUGACUAUAUGGUUGUAAGCGAGUCUGACAGGACUCCAACGUGUGACUCGGUGGUGGCAUUUUUAGAGAACAUACUAAAUAGUGCAUUGGAAGAGCUAAGCUUUGACCCAGUUUUGAAGUUAAGAUUUGUGAAUAAGAUCUCUAGCUAUUUUCUUUCUAUGCUGAUUCUCCAUUUGAGUCACUUGAAGGUUUCUAUGAACGGGUUCACUCUUCUCACUCAUGAUCUAGCCCAAUAUAUCUUGAUAUUCAACAGUAUUAAAAUAGAUAAUACAGAAUCUCUUGAUCUUUAUGCUGAUGAAGAAGGGUCUAGAAAUGCAAAAGGUGACAAUGACAAUAAAUGGGUCAAGGAGCAGCUUGAUCAAAUACAGUCUGCCUUCAAAAUAUUGAAUGAAUUGCCUGGGCUAUACACUUGCCAGCCUGAAUCACUCAAAGAAUUUUGCAGUGAGGGUAAGCUAAAUGAGCUAAAGAAGAGUGUUAUUAGGGGUUACAUUUCCAACAGGGAGGACUUUCAGACUUGGUUCUUGUCAAAUAUUUAAUACUUCAUUAUUUUAGCUAUAAGUUGACUUUUAAGCUAGAAAAAGAUAUGUAUCAGGGAAAUAUAUAUCAGGCUAUCAGCCUUUCGCAAAUUCUUGUAGUUUUUUAUAUAGUAAAGUUAGCUGAUUUGCAGCAUUUUCGGUUAGCAAAGUCUUGAUUUCUCCAACAAAGAACUUUUUAUUAUCGG